AUGCCCUGCUUCAAGGGCAUUGCGGUCAGCAUUCAUGCGAACUCUGCCCCGCUGCCAGAGUAUGGCAUGCAGAAGCAAUCUCGUCUCUCAAGAAUCAGUACCUACAUUCCUGUACCCCAACCUCAGCUCGCUGAGUCAAACAAACCCGAGCCUGCAAAAUUCGCCAUCUCCAUCACCCUUCUCACCCCCGGCUUGCCCAUCCCAUACUCGACCCCGAAGCCAAGUGAUGAUAACCCCUACCCGAAACCUCAGUUCGUCGGCGGUCUGAACACCGGCGAUCGGAAUAAGUCCUCUGGCGUUGUGAAUCCCUACAUCCCCAUGACCAACUCCGAAAAUGAGACCAUCGCUGCUUACAUCUACUUUGACGGUCGAGCCAAGGAGGAAGUUGCUACUCUUCUGCGACCAGGUGAGGAAACAUGGGUCAACAGCCGCUGGGUUCAGGUGCCAGACUCUGAAGGUGGCGGUCUGGCUGAGCGAGAAUUUCUAUUCCGCGAGGUUGGCCUCGAGCGUUGGCUCAACGGCUUGGACCUACAAGGCCAUGAUGCCGCCGAGAAGCUAGAGAAGCGUCGCCAAAAGUUUGAGAAACGCCGCCGACGACAACGGGCCAUGGAAGGAAACGCCAGUGCCGACGUGGAACAGGGAUCUACAGGACGCAGGGACACACUACGCUAUGGCGCUGACGACAAGUCUCCUAUUGAGGCUGUCGUGGACGACUCUGAUUCAUGGUCCGACGACGAUGACGAACCCCCUGAGGCGACUGGGCAGAUCAAGGUGGCUAUGUUCCGCGUGCUUGCCUCUGGCGAAAUCAAGAAGGGUGAAUACUCACCCCAGUUCGGUGCUCACGACGGCGACGAAGAUGACAUGGGCUCUAAGGAAGGAAAUGGCAUCGACGCCGACGUUGAACACACGACAAGCUUCGCGAAGCCCAAGACUCUUGAUCCGAAGACCAUCAGUACACAGACAGUCACGGGCAUUGACGGACCAGACAAGCCCUACGCUGUCUUUACCUUUUUCUACCGAGGAGAGCGACAAUUGCAAAAGAUCGGGGUUCUGCAGUCCUCAAAGAACCCUCAGACAACCCCUGGAUCAGCCAAACGGAGGUCAGGUCAACUAGACUUCUCCAGCCUCGGACCUCUCAAGGCUGGUGGCACUGUCGGCUUCUCUGCUUUCCGUGACCAGGCUACCGAAGCCUCGAGACGACGCAAGGCUAGAAAGAAGAGCAAUGGAAACAUCGCCGAUGAUAGCGACGACGAUGAUGAAGAGGACGACGAGAACCUCGGCAAGAUGGAGGAAGUGUACGCAAAAGAUGUGAACGCAAAACUCGCACCAGAAGACGUCAAAUUCCAAGGCGAACUUGCUGAGGGCGUGGAUCGUAUUCACCUUAAGAGGGCGCAUUCUGCAGACCCAGACAGCUUGGCCACACCGGAAUUGUCACAAACCCCGACCGCAGCUAGCGAAUCCACGUCACAAGUACCUACCACAGGGGGCUCUCCCGCCAACAAUCUUCUCUCGAAUGCUGUAGGCCUUGAUACGCCUAGCAAGUCAAUUUUCCAGAGUCCCCUCAAGAAAUACCGACCCAGUGUGGAUUACGGACCGGGAGGUCUGAACCUCUCAACAGGAUCUGGCUUGAAAUCAGAGGUAGAUUCAGCUGUUUCUGGGGGAUCUGGGUCGGGGUCAGGAACGCCCUCCAAUAUCGAAACCCAAAAACCGAAGGUUGAGGAUGAGGAGGAGCUAUGA